UCACUCUGUGUUUUUGUGGAGGAGAGAGAACUAGAUUUCCCCCCUUCACUUUCCUUUUUCUCUCCCCAAACAACUUUCUCUCUCCUCUAAAUUUUGUAAUAAUUUGCAUUUUUAAUUCCAGAAAAAGAAAUAAAAAUUAAAAAUUGAAAGCUGGGUAGUACGUAAAAUUGAGAAUUAUGGGAGAAUGAAUUAUUAAUUAUUAGGGAGGAGUUUAGUUUUUGUUGUGAUGUUGUUGUUGAUGAUGAUGAUGAUGUCAUAAUUUGAAUGGAGUUUAUGUUAAAACGAUGGCGUUUCGAGAUGUUGGUGAUGAUGAUGAUGAUGCAGCUGCUGUAAUUCCCAUUUCUGGAUCAUCCUCUCUUUUAGAUGAAGAUUCAAUGUGGCCAGUAAAUAUUAGGACAACUGAAGCAAUGGAUGCUGGAAUUUAUCCACCGGGUCCGUACCCUGAGCGUGAAGGGGAACCAGAUUGUUCCUUUUAUCUCAGAACAGGACUUUGUAGAUUUGGUUCGACAUGCCGCUUCAAUCAUCCUUCGAAUAGGAAGCUAGCUCUUGCCACUGCAAGAAUGAAAGGGGAGUUUCCAGAAAGGACCGGCCAACCUGAAUGCCAGUACUUCUUGAAGACCGGAACCUGCAAGUUCGGAGCAACGUGUAAGUUCAAUCAUCCUAAAGACAAAGCUGGGAUUGCUGGAAGAGUGCCAGUAAAUGUUUUAGGCUAUCCACUCCGCCCGAACGAGCCCGAGUGUGCAUAUUAUUUAAGAACCGGACAAUGUAAAUUCGGGAGCACAUGCAAGUUCCACCACCCUCAGCCAUCCGCUUCUUUCCGUGGUUCUUCCGUGUAUCCACCUGUCCAGUCUCCAACAACUCCCGGUCAGCAAUCAUAUCCCGGCGGAUUAACAAAUUGGCCUUUGACAAGAGCCUCGAUUAUUCCUAGUCCACGUUGGCAAGGUCCUUCAAGUUACACACCUUUGAUUCUUCCACAAGGAGUGGUUUCAGUCCCAGGAUGGAAUGCCUAUAUGGGUCAAAUGGGGUCAGCGUCCGCUGACGGACAGCAACAAACGGCAGGAAACAGUCCUGGCUACGGAACUGCACGGCAAAGCGAAUCUGCAAUUUCUGCUUCACCGGGGGCAUAUUCGUCAUAUCGCUCUGGCUCUAUCCCUAUGGGCUAUUACGCACUUCAGAGGGAUAAUGUUUUCCCUGAGAGACCCGGGCAACCUGAAUGUCAAUAUUACAUGAAGACCGGUGAUUGUAAGUUUGGCGCGGUUUGUCGGUUCCAUCAUCCUAGAGAAAGACUAGUUCCGGCUCCUGAUUGCCUCUUGAGUGCUUUAGGCUUGCCAUUGCGUCCGGGAGAACCUUUGUGCAUAUUUUAUUCACGAUAUGGUAUAUGCAAAUUCGGCCCAAACUGCAAGUUCGAUCACCCAAUGGGAAUAUUUGCAUACAAUGUCUCUCCAACAUCAACCGAUGCCUCCGCUAUGCGGCGUUACUUGGGAUCAUCUUCAGCAGCUGGUAGCUUAACAUUGACGUCAGACGGGCUCGUUGAAACAGGCCCGGGAAAAGCCCGGAGGCUUUCAUUGUCAGAAUCGAGAGAUAUUCAGUCCGGUGAUGAUAAUGUUGAGACUGAUAGAUAAAAAAAAAACGAAGCUUGGUUUGGUGGUGGGUUCGACUCCCCCUUUUUGCAAUCUUUUGCAGCAUAAAGAGGGAGUCUUUACCUGUAAAUUCAUUUCCCAAUUUGCUGAAGAUGUACAGCCUUUUCUUUCAUGUUUUUAAGUUGAUUAUAUAAUUUAUAAUGUAUUACAGCCCGAGAGUUUUGGCCCGUGCUUUUACUUAAUUACUCCCCUCCUGUGCUGUAUAAAUCUGAAAUUAUUGUCACAUUUGGUAAAAACCAAUGUGAACAAUUAAUCAGCUUCUUUGUUAUGAAAAAAACAACCUUUGAAA